AAAACAACCCGCCGGCUGCCGUUAACGGAAGCUUCUCGGAAAAAUCCGUACGAUGAGUAACGUUCGCGUUAACUGCGUCGGUUGACCAGCCCGCACGUUGAAGGGUCGCGGUGACGUUACUCACUCAGAAGGGAGGGUGGACAAACAACAACAUAAAUAACCCGGGCGGUUAAUGAACAGCAGGUGCGCAGGAACACCGCAGCACCUGCGGCUACAGGCUGAGUCACUGCUGGUGAGGAGGAAGGUCUGGAGAGGGAACGAGAGAGGAGAAGGAGGAGGAGGAGGUGGAGGAGGAGGGGGAGAAGAAGAAGAAGAAGAAGAAGAAGAAGAAGAACAGGAGAAGAAGACAGCGAGAUAAGCCACAACAGGAAACGAAACGACACGUACACACACCCCGCGUGUUUGUGUGUGUGUGUCUGAGAGGGAGACUGCGCGAACGAGAGGUUGAACGGGAAAAGAAGGGAGGGAGAGUGACGCGGAGGCUGGGAGAGCCGGCCCCCCCAACCCAUCCUCCUCCUCCUCCUCCUCUCCUCCUCUCCCUCUCUUUCUCUCUUCUCCUCCUCUCCUCCCCUCCUCCCUCUCUCUCUCUCUGUGGAGCAGGCGUGUAGCGGCAUCAGACUCGGCGUGAAGGAACCAUGAGCGAUGUCACCAUCGUUAGAGAGGGAUGGCUCCAGAAACGGGGUGAAUACAUAAAGAACUGGCGGCCGCGUUACUUUCUGUUGAAGACAGACGGCUCCUUCAUCGGCUACAAAGAGAAACCUCAGGAUGCAGACCUGCCCUACCCCCUAAAUAACUUCUCUGUAGCAAAAUGUCAGCUGAUGAAGACGGAGAGGCCGAAGCCAAACACCUUCAUCAUACGCUGUCUCCAGUGGACCACGGUCAUAGAGAGAACCUUCCACGUGGACUCGCCUGAUGAGAGAGAUGAGUGGACAGAGGCCAUCCAGAUGGUGGCCGACAAGCUGCAGAGGCAAGAGGAGGAACGAUUUCAGUGCAGCCCCACCUCCAACAUCGACAACAUGGUGGAGGAGGAGAUGGACAUCUCCACCACGCACCACAAACGCAAGACGAUGAGCGACUUCGACUACCUGAAGCUGCUGGGCAAGGGGACCUUUGGUAAGGUCAUUCUUGUCCGAGAAAAGGCCAGCGGCAAAUACUACGCCAUGAAAAUCCUGAAAAAAGAAGUCAUCAUCGCCAAGGAUGAAGUGGCCCACACACUCACAGAAAGCAGAGUUCUAAAAAACACCCGACACCCCUUUCUCACUUCAUUGAAGUAUUCAUUCCAGACUAAAGACCGCCUCUGUUUCGUCAUGGAGUAUGUGAAUGGAGGAGAGCUGUUUUUCCAUUUGUCAAGAGAGCGGGUGUUCUCCGAGGAGCGCACGCGCUUCUACGGCGCCGAGAUCGUCUCGGCUCUAGACUACCUGCAUUCAGCCAAGAUUGUGUACCGGGACCUCAAGGAGGGAAGGAGUGGCUCAGGAUGUGUGUUGGAGAACCUGAUGCUGGAUAAAGACGGCCACGUCAAGAUCACAGAUUUCGGCCUCUGCAAGGAGGGCAUCACCGACGCUGCUACCAUGAAGACGUUCUGUGGCACGCCCGAAUACCUCGCACCUGAGGUCCUGGAGGACAACGACUACGGCCGGGCGGUGGACUGGUGGGGUUUGGGCGUUGUGACGUAUGAGAUGAUGUGCGGCCGACUGCCGUUCUACAACCAGGACCACGAGAAGCUGUUCGAGCUCAUCCUCAUGGAGGACAUCAAGUUCCCGCGCACGCUGUCGUCCGACGCCAAGUCCCUGCUGUCGGGCCUGCUCAUCAAAGACCCCAACAAACGGCUUGGUGGAGGACCAGAUGACGCUAAAGAAAUUAUGAGACAUAGUUUCUUCUCCGGCGUCAACUGGCAGGACGUGUAUGAUAAAAAGAUGGUCCCUCCCUUCAAGCCUCAGGUGACGUCGGAGACGGACACCAGAUACUUUGACGAGGAGUUUACAGCCCAGACCAUCACAAUCACUCCUCCAGAGAGAUUCGACGAGGAUGGGAUGGACUGUCUGGAUAACGAGAGAAGGCCGCACUUCCCACAGUUCUCCUACUCUGCCAGUGGCCGGGAAUGACCUGUCCAUCACGGUGACGUCAUCACAGCUGGUCUCUGAGGUCAUCAGUGUGGGACAAAAAGACCCACAGCUUUGGCCCUCCCCAGAAAGACUUGAAGGAAUGUCCUUCUCUCUCCUCUUCUUCCUCCCCCUCCUCAUCCUCCUCUUUUUCACCUCUGCAGUCUGCUUCUCUCUUCAUUUAAAUUGUGAAUUCCGUUUUUUAAAGAGAACUUCCAGGCAAAAUUACUUUCUAAUCCUGCGCUGCAACCCCAGGUGAUCCGAAACUGUGAUGUGAUCAGUUACUAUGUAAUGUCCCUUUAAUGACAGGAGCAUCACCGGUGGCCUGCUGUGCUUUGACAUGUGUCGGUCCUGCCAGACUCUAAGAAACAAACACUCGUGAACAAGUUAGACAACAGCUGAUGCAUUAAGGAGACGUUUGUGUGGCUUUUCAUCUGUGAGGUGGAGAUAUAGCGUUUAAAGUCAUCAAACCUAAACCGCCGUUACCGGUUGUAUCUCAGGCUUUUGCAAACAGACGGAUACUCUCAGACGCAGAGAGGCACUCGGGUCUGAUUUCAAAUCCUCACUAGAUAAUUCUGGGAUUGAUUGAGGCUGCCUGGCUUUGAGGGAGCAGUUGUCACCAGGGAGCAGAAUCCGUCACAGCUCACGUUGUCGAGUAGGAUUUGACUCAGGUUUUGUUCAGUGCAAUUCGUUAUUGUUGUUGCUGCUAUUUCAACUACUACAGGUACUACUACUACUACUACUACUACUACUACUGCUAUACUUCUACUAUCAAAACCCGGUGCUACACGACUAGGUUAAUGCUGCAGAUAAUCAUACAGGCGCCAGCAACACAUCAACCACCUGUAUUAAUGUCUAUGCUUGUACAGCUGCAGCACAGGUGUUGCUUUUACUCCUAAUGUACCUAUCACUCCUAUUCCUCAUCAACUCUGUCGACUUCAGAUUGAAAGGGUGUGUGUGUGUGUGUGUGUGUGUGUGUGUGUGUGUGAGAGUGUGUGAGAGAGUGUGUGAGAGGGUGCAAGGUCCUAUUAUGGGUUUGUGUUUAAGAGCGCACCUCAAAGCACAGCAGUUCAGAAGGAUGAAGCUCCCGAACCAUGAGCUUUACUACGUUACCCACAAUGCAGUGCAAGUUGGUUGAUAUAACCAUCACAAGGAGGUGAAAAUGAGAUUAAAGCAGUUGGUUUGAACCCCACCCCCCCACCCCCCCAACCUUAAGUCCCUCUGAGUUUGAUUCUCUUCUGUCCCAAAAGGGAACACAAAAGCGAAAUGGUACUUUGUGUUGAUGAUGAAGCUUUACUGUGACAUGUUGUUGUCAUGGUUUCGGGAACCACACGGCUGUACCUCUCUGUCUUUGUGCAGGAAAAAAAAACUGCAGCAGGAAAAGAGAAGCCCAAGAUGGCAGGCUGGGCUUUGUGGAUAAGAAUAGAGAGCAAGUACAGGGUACUCUAAGAAUGAUGAGAAAUGUAUGUUAUAAUUUAUGAUGUAUUGAUGACUGAGGUAACAGCUGAUUUCCUGUUUCCUGUGAGAUUCUUAUAAAGGAUUUUUAUUAAAAAGACAUUAUGGUCUCCCAGGAGGUACGCAUCAACAAAGUUAUGGGUUUACACAAAUCACAUCAAUGGCUAUAAUUAAUAAAUAUAUAUAAUUCUAGAAAAACUAUUUCUUAUGGUUGAGAAAAGAAGAAAAAAGGCACCUCAAGAAACUAAAAUGGCUGAAGAAUGUAGGAGGGAAAGCAGAUUGCAUUCCUGCUCCAUUAAGUUGAAUUAUGUUUUUGUUUUGUGUG